GUUGGCGAGCUCCUGCCAGAGGACAACGCUACCACAAAGCGCGAGUGCGCUGGGGAUUUUGACCUGGACGCCGCCAACAAGCGCUUCGAGAAGCUGGAAAAGGAUGAGUCAGGAGAGGCAGUAGACCUCCGGCCCUUGGAAGGCUAUGACAAGCAGAGGUCCUUCUUUGACUCCAUUAGCUGCGAGGCCACAGAGCGCGCAGGAACAUCUGAGAGACAAAAGAUCGACCGCGAGAAGGCCCGCGAGUUCGAUCGGGAGACUUUCGGCGACACGCGCCGACCACCUCGACCAACCGGCGGCAAAGGCCGGCGGCGACACGGCUGA